GGUAUCAUUGGAACUAUUUCUGCACAUCUCGGGAAACAGCAUAAUUAUUGACUAUGGUUGAUCAGGAGACUGUUUCUGUGUCCAAGGGCAUUUUCGUUUUCCGAAACAAUUUCAAACGAUCCAAGAAAUCUUCAAAGAAACAACCAUCCAAGCCUAAAAAAGACGAGUUUUCUGAUAAUUUGUGGUAUCUAAAAUAUACAGAUUUGUGGGAGGAACUCAAUAAUAAAUAUGAGAAACUAACUUCUGAAAUGUUUACUGCAAUGACCUCAGACCUCUUAGAAUUUGUAAGUAUCAGCCAUCGAGACCCAGUAGCUGAAAUACCUACAGCAGCCCUAUUAACUGGAAUUAACAUGCCCGAUCAUGAAGCUCAAUUUAUCAAUCUAAAAAGGCAAAUUAAAACUGACAUAACUCCACACGUUGCAUUUUUGCACAGCGAAGAUUGUACCAGUUUGAAAUAUCUUAUUGAAAAUAUGAUCAAUCAAUUUAUUAAAGAUAGUACUGAGGAUGACGAUGAUAACGUUAAUACAAACAAUUUAAAAAAGUCUGAUUUAAGUUUGCCUUUAUUACAAAGCUGGUACGAACACAUGUAUCCUGUAAAAACUGAAAAAAACUUGCUAGUUGUCAUUGUACCAGAUUUUGAAAGCUUCAACACCAAAGUACUGCAAACAUUUAUCCUUAUUAUCAGCUCCUAUUUACCUAAAUUACCUUUCAUGUUUGUUUUUGGCAUUGCCACUUGUAUUAAUACACUCCACACAUCUUUUCCAUAUCAUGUCACCUCCAAAACCAAUGUGAAAGUUUUUAGGUGCGAACCUUCCACUGUGCACUUGAAUAAAAUGUUGGAAGGUGUAUUUUUGAGCCCCUUUUGUCCCUUUCAGCUAGGGGGCAAGGUUUUUGAUUUGUUUACAGAGAUUUUUUUGUACUAUGACUUUUCAGUUAGGAAUUUUGUGCAAAAUAUUAAGUUUGCAAUAAUGGAACAUUUUUGCUAUGGAAAUGCUAUGGCCCUUUGUCAACUUAAUAGGCAUGAUGUAAAGGAAAUUUUAGAAGUUUUCACUCAUGAGGAUUUUGAGAAUGUUAGGCAUUUAAUGUCGUUUAGAAAAUUUGUUGAAUCUGAGCCCUACGAGAAUCAAAUACGCUUAUUAACAGAUGAUGAAUAUUUCAAACUAAUAGUUCAUGAGAAAAUAAUAAUAAUCCAAAGAUAUAUAAGAGGGUUCCAUGUAGUUUUGAAAUGUCUCUAUACGCUUGUGUCAGACUUACCUGGUGCCCCUCUAGGUAAAAAUUAUAGAGAAAUAUAUGCUUAUGCAGUAAGCAAACCCAUUGCUCAAUCCAAUGAAUACAGAGAAUGCUUGCAACUGCUCAAUUUCCAAUCCAAAAAGUAUUUGUAUGAUAAAUUGAUGAGCAUCAAGAAUAUUAUUAAUGAAUUUAGUAAGAAAAAGACACAAUUCGGAGAUUUUUUAAAUGAAAUCUGUGAUUUAAUUGAUUUGUUAAAUAAUCUGGAUUCCGAAGCCAACCAGGAAGUUGAAAAAAUGGACUCUAAUACUGGAAUGGGACAAGUAACUGACCGUAAAGCAUUUAAAAGUAAUUUACUUUCAAGAUCACAACAAAAACCAAAGCCUCUAAACAAAUAUGAGAAAAUCCGCAUAGACGUUCUAUAUUGCCUAACUAAGCAUUUUCAGUUAUUCUUGGUGGAACCUAGCAGGAUGCCUUUUUACGAAAUAUUUUUUUUUGAUGAUAUUUCAAUUAAAUCGAAAAUAAUCGGGAUGCACAGAUCGGCUAUUCAUAACGCACUCAACGACCCCAACCAUUAUUUACAGUGCAAUUGCUGCGAGAUAUCCAAUAGCCAAACCAUCAAAGCCACCAUGCCGGAUAUUUGUAUCGCUUACAAGCUGCAUUUGGAAUGUGGCAAAAUGAUCAAUUUGUAUGACUGGCUGCAAGCGUUUCUUUAUAUUGUGGAUCCCAAAGAAUCUGAUGAUUUUGAUGACAAAUCCAAUAAGUUGGUUGAUCCAGAAUUACAAGCGCGAUUUACUCAAGCAGUGGCAGAAUUGGAAUAUUUAGGAUUUAUCAAGAGCUCAAAACGCAAGGCUGAUCAUGUUGCUCGUUUGACAUGGGGUGGUUAGUUUUAUUUAUUAUUAGGUAUUGAAAAAAAAAUGAAACUAGAAAUUUUCAUUGAAGCAAUUCUUUAUGUUUCCUUAACAAAUAAAAAUAGAAUAAAUUAUUGUUUAGAAUUUAUCAACCAAAUGUAAAAUAUGUUGUUGUUCUUGAUCCCGCCACUCUUUAUCACCUUCUUCUCCAAGAUUUCCAGCAUACUCCCUCAUAAUAUGCCUUAUGGUUUUCAAAGAUGCGCCUCUCAAAUUCAAUAUCUGCAUCACUCUCUGCUUAAUACUAGGAGGUCCGGCUGCGCAAACUUCCAACACAAUAUAGUCUACAAGUUGCAAAGUGAACAAACCACCCUCCAAUCGCCUCAAAUAAUUUUCAUCUUCAUUUUCUUCUUUGUCAUCCAAUUCUGCGUCAAUGUCUUCAACUUUUUCUAGAUAUUUGAAGUGCAAUUCCAAGAGGCGAUCGACUUUUUCGUGGUCGUUUUCUGUAAAUUUGCUUAUCAGCCUUUGGCGCUGCGGACCUUUGCAGUUUCUCAACAUUGAAGCUAUAAUUGAACAAACAUGUUCUUCGUGUCCUUCUUGAGAAAACACUCUUUUUCGAUUUUUCUUGGGGGUCUUCAUGAAUAGCGGAAAAAUGGUUCUCAGGCCGAGAAUAUCAACGAAUUUGUUACAAUUAUCUUUUCCGUGAACACCAGACAUGGCAUAAUCUAAGACUUUAAGUGAACCGUUUCUUGAAGUCUUUUUUUCUCUUAACAUCAAGUUCAUCAGUUGCAAACCUUCGCCCUUAAGGAAUCUG